GUAAACAAAGACACACCGGCAGGUAGUUUGCUGAUUUAUCGACCAAGUUACCGAUUUAAAAUCCAAUUAUACCCCAGAAAAAUCAACCCCAAACCAGGCAACGUUCACUGCAAGUCCGCAAAGGAGAACUGCUUGCACGAAAGACAAGCAGCUGAACGAGAAUCCAUAAACAAAAUGUCUAAAUCACAGUGCAAGAAAAAGGAGGCGCUUUCAAGCAAGGUGAAUUUCUCCAGCAGACAGUCGAGGACGACAUCCCAGAUGUGCUCCUCGUUUGAGAGCCAGGCGAAUGUCAGAAGCAAGACCUCGGUCUGGCCGGAGUGGAGCGAUGCUGAGGUGGACAGAGAGAGAUGGGACUCCAGCAAAGCACCAGAUGAAGGGAAGAGGACGAAGAGCCCGGUCACUCAGUUCUUUGAAGAUCCAGAAGGUAAAAUAAAGCUUCCUAAAUCUCUGAAAGUCUGUUCCUGGAAGCGCCCAGUGGAUUUCUUGAGCGACAAGACUCCGCUGGUCGUUGAGGAGAGGGAGCGCUUUGAUCUGAUCGGCCCCAACAAUCACUUAAUUUGCAGCGAGCUGAUGAGGUGGAUUAUCAGUGAGAUCUAUAUCGUCUGGUCAGUGUGUAACCGCACUGAAGAUUGGAGUCCUUGGGAGCAUAUCUACUCGCUGUGCAAGGUCACGAAAGGUCACGUGCCGCUCUACAAUAGCUACGGGAAAUAUGUGGUCCGACUGUAUUGGAUGGGUUGUUGGAGGAAGAUAACGGUGAAUGAUUUGAUGCCGUUUGAUGAGGAUAAUAAUCUGCUGCUUCCAGCGUCCUCCCGUCAAUCAGAGCUGUGGCCCAUGUUGUUGGCCAAAGCGCUUAUUAAAAUCGCCAACACAAAUCCGGUGUUGGAUACUGAAGGAGAAAUGAGGGACUUUUCCUUUAUCCACAACCUCACCAGCUGGAUCCCCGAAAUCACCGCCAUUAAACUUGGCAACAUGAGUAAAAUCUGGGAUGUUUUACAAGAGUACUUACCAGUGUUAACUCAACCAGAGGAGGCACCAUCAAAGGAGGCGGUGGGGGAAGAUGAGUCACCUCAGCUGAGUGGAUGCAUCCAGGGGCAAACUGGCAAGUCUGGGUCAGAUGACGGUUUAUCUGACUUCCCUGACCAAACGGUGUGUGCCGCGUACUACAAUGACCUGUCAAGGAAGAAUUCCUCUGGGUUUAAGCAAAUGGCGGAUGUGUCUGAAUAUCUGCGGCGCUACGAGCUCUCUCUGCUGCUCAGCCACAUCGUCCUUCUGACUAGAACCCGGGAAUGUCCGUCCGAGCCCGCGCUGAAACCAGCAACUGUGCCCCGUUGGAAACUCAUACGCCCACGCAAGGAGAUUGUGAUCACAGACGAGCCGCACUUGACCCCGGUGCCAAAACCAGAGGAGUUUAUCGAGAUUUCCAGCCCUUUCAUUUCCGCAAAGACGGGUGAACACACUGACCCGGAGAUAGAGGUCAAGCCCUCGCCCAAGAGGAAGUGGUCCUGUAUGUCCCUUCUGAUGUCCAUCGCUGAGGGACAGAAUGAGAACAGAGAGCAAGAAUGCCAAAUGUUGUCUCAAAAGUCUGCGAGCAGCGUGACUGAAAUAGAGGUUCCAUCAGAGGACGUGAAGAAGGGCGAAGUCUCCCACGCAAUAGCAGAACCACACUCAGCUACUGAAGCAGGGGAGACCCCGCUUCCUGUAGAACCUCUACUUAAAGAGAUCUGGAUUGACAAGGAUGACUUUGCUCAGUGCUUCCAGACUCUACUGGUGUUCCAUAAACCUCAAAAAUAUGAACAUCACCGCCAGGCCACAUGUUUGAAGAGCACCAUCUUGACCAAAGCCUCGUGCCUGGCUGCAUCAUCUUCAAGUUCUCUGUCAAAUGAACCCACCAGUGGGUUGUUUUCAGUGGCUGGACCUGAAAGUGCGGAAGUCAGAGGCGUUCACUACCUGUGCAUGGACAGUCUGGAACCAUCUGAGAUCCUCAUCAGCUUCUCUGCUGUGCUUCUCUGGGGAGAGAGUGCAGAGGAAAGGAAGCACUGGACUUCCUCUGGUGCUGUUCUCCUUGUCAAGCCGCACAACUGGAAGAGCCAAACGCCUCACCUGCACAUCCUGACCGUCAAGACGACGUCCACGAAGGCUGCAACACUCAAACUAGCUCCAGGGCGCCACAUAUUCGCCUUCCAUGCCCGCGCAACGCUUGGCUACCACAUCCACCUCUGCAGCAGGUCGCCCUUUGUCUUCGGGAAUGAAGACACCAUCAUGUCCCAGUGUGCCAAGGAAAGUGCCUGCUUCACAGAGCAGGCCUCCUCCAUCAUGGAUCCUCUGUCCAGUUUAUUUGUGUCCUUCAAAGAUGGGCGUGACCAGCGGGCUCUCAGGAGAACCCUGGAAGAAGCUUACGUUCCCAAACACAUCAAGACGAUGCCUGAGAAAUGGGAACUGCAGAAGGUGUUUCACUCUGCAGUCUAUCACAUGCUUCAGGAGGCUCUGGGCCGGAGGCUCACGACAGAGGAGAACUUCGCUGUCAUGGCUCUCACUGCUGACCGCACUCUCUUGGCCGCCAUUACCCGAGGAGGGCAUUCUUCAUUGGAGGCGCGGGCAAAUCCACCAGAGAACUGGAGCCACCGCAAGCCAACAGAGGAGGAGGUCCGCGCGGCCAUCACUCUGCAGGCUGGAUUCAGACGACACUUGGUGCGAGAGAUGCUUCAGGCUUCCAAACAUGGCACCAAGGAGAACGUCAGCGCGGCUAGAGGCCUUGACAACAUGUGGUCGAUUGUGGAGCGGGAUGCUGACAGAAACGCUGCCUUCCUGCUUCUGUACACUAUCAACCACUACAAGACUGGAUCAGAACUGUAUCCCUGCCUGCAGGACGAAGUGACCCGAAUCUGCUUUAAUGAUUAUGUCAUUCCACUUCAGGAGCAGUGCAGUGGCUGGGCCUUGAUCUUCAGGGAAGUGUUCAUGAUUCCACAGCAGAUGUUGCUGAUCCCAAAGAUCGACUUCCCGUUCCCAAACUGUCUGCUGCACGUCAUUGAUAAUGACACUGGAGAAGAGCUGGACAUGCACUUCAAUAAAAUCCCUCCUCGUGUUUAUCAUCCCAAUAAGUUUGGCUAUACCUUUUUAGCAGAGGCGGUGACGCCUGAGGCUCCCCCUGCUGGCCUCCGAUGGAGGAUGCGUUUGAUCGGCACAAGAGAGCCACUCCCUCGACGGCUGACUGACGGCCCAUUCAACAGCUUUGCAGUGAAGGAAGUCAGGGAUUACUACGUUCCAAAUGAGAAAAAUGUCAUAUGCUGUUAUAUUGUCUCAGUGGAGACUGACGUCGUUGCAACGGUCCAGUUCCAGGCCUCCAAACGGGACGCCUUCAUUCGUCUUUCCAUUCUGGACGGGGAAAGGGAGGUUGCCAGCACUGCUGCCCGAGGCCACGCUUUGAUUCCAGUUGUUAACUUCAUGGCCAAUGAAACCCCCAGUGUCCCCACUGAAGAGACCCAGGCCUCCGAGGGAGAGCAAGUCAAAGAUGAAGACACUCCCCUGCAAAAAGACGCGGAGGACAGUUCAGCUGUGAAAUCAGACUCAUCGUCUGGCCAGUUCCAGCCUCCCACGGAGACAAUGGAUCAUAACUACAUGCUGAAGGCUGAGGUGCUUUAUCAGAGCUGGGAGCUGGACCAGUCUCAGCUGGCUGUUGGACAGAAGAAUGAAACCAAAGAGUCAACUAGUGAAGAGCAGCGAAGCGGCACGGCCAGAGUCUCCCGUAAAGUGGAAGCCGACAAAAGGAAGGGGAAGCCAUCGGCCAGGUCAAAAGCCUCCAUCAAGCAGGAAUCGACUUUGGACCUGAGCCGGCCCAACUGGACCCUGCGUGUGGUGGUGGAACAAAGCAAAGUUGAAGGCGUUUUGUUGAGGAAGGACGUGGAGAGAGUAGACCAGAUCAGAGCCAUGAAAAGAGCCUGGGAAACUGCAGAGGAAGGUCGCGCCGCCAAGGCCCACAACUCUCGCCUGGAGUUUCUCCGACAAUUCCAACCACAGAACACAGAAGCGCUCCCUCCUCAGGCUGAGGAGCCUGCUGCUGCUGAAGUUCCACCGUCUGCUCUGGAUGGAUCCGGUCCGGACAGCUUGGCUGUCUCAAGUGUGCACACCUUUCAUCCGAUGGAUGUGUCUCCCUUCAUCAGGCAUCAACUGGGGUCUGUGACUUUGCUGGACAGCCAACUGGAGGAGACCCGGAGGAAGGCGCGGUUGGAGAAGAUCCAGACAUAUCGACUGGUCAGGGACAAUGUGCUGGAGCACCGUGCGCGGCAGCUGCAGAUCCGGAAGGAGCUCAUGAGGCGCCAGCUGGAGACAUAUGACCAAAUGCAGGAGGACGUGUUGAAGAAUCGUAAACAUUACAUGGAGGAUCUAGAACUUCUCCGGGCUCAGCAUUUGACGCAGGAUACGGAAGAGCUGCACCUUCUUGGCCCCCCAGAGGAGGCGCAGUAGACAGGUUAUAGGAAGGUACCUCAGGGGUGUCCACCCUUCCUGGCUUCAGUUCUAACUUUAUAAGGUAGAUUUAUGUGACUAAUAGCAAAGGGCAACGUUAGAGGUGCUAAAAGGCUUUAGCUGAAGACAUUAUGUUAGUUUGGGUGUGUUUUUAUGUCCUGCCCUUCGUCGUGUUUUACCCUCCCAGCUCCGUCACUGUGAGGUUUUUAAUCAUGUUGGAGAGUUAAACUGACCACCCUGAAGGUAAGAGACAUAAACACGUACUGAAUAUCGCAACACUUGUCCGGUCAAUAGGACAUUACGGCUAUAAAAGUUUGUGCUGUUUAAAAGUCUGCCUCGCGAUCACUAAAAACAGCCAGAGAAAUACGACCGAGGAGUCACAUUGCCAGUUUUAAUCAUUUUUUUCAUGACAGUCUUUUGAUCCAAAUUCGACUUCUACUCUCCCGUUACACACUCAUGUUCUCAGUUUCCUAGUGUGAAGAGAGGGUCUCACAAAGUUCCAGUGGAACUUGUGUCAUAACUGAGAUUCAGAGAGUGGAACUCAGGGUCAUGUGACCGAAGAGAACAGCUUUACUGAAGUCAUUUCAUGACAUGGGUUUUGCAGGAAAACACUGGAGGAACACUGUUAAGGGAGUUUCUCUGGUUAGCUCUGUGUUGUUGCUAUAACACGGCUCCCUGCUUCCUCAUGUCCAGACUGUCUGAUGACCUCCUGUGAAGGUCCAUUCAUUGAUCACAUGACUCACUUGAAACAGCCUCAGUCUUGAUUAUUGAUCAGUUGAUUGAUCAAGCUUCGAAAAACGAAUGAAAGAUUAAGGUAAAAAGAUAAUUGAGGAGCAACACCAAUCUAAACAAAUAAAUGAUGCAUAUGUUCAUAUUUUAAUGAAGGGAGUUAUUGAGAUUUCAAGUACAAGACGGACAGCUUUAAAAUGAAGGGGAAUGCUGCCAUCUAGUGUCCAAUAGAAGUGUCGCGCGCUUCACGUGCCUCUGCUGUGAAUAUGCGUGUUGUUUUGUGUCUGUUCAGAGCUACGUUAUAUGCAUAUGAUCUAAUAUAAUAGCGAUACUUUGUCUCAAUGAAAAGAUAACUGUGAUGGAGACGAAGAAGGUCAACGCUUGAUUCCCCAGAGGAAGACUGCACUCGGUGGAAGGUUGCUUUCUUGUUACUUAAUGACUGAAAUGAAAUGAAAGUCAAAGGUCACCGACGUUUAAGUGUGAGAGU